AUGGUAGGGAUCUUCGGAACUGGUGGAAUUGGUAAGACAACUCUCACCAAAGCCAUCUACAACUCGAUUGCCUCUCAAUUUGAAGGUAGUUGUUUUCUUGAAAACAUUAGAGAAACUUUCAGCCAAAUGGACGGUUUGAUGAUUUUGCAAAAUAAACUUCUUUCUACGAUCCUAGGAGACUCAAGUCUAAUGGUUGACAAUGUUGAUCGGGGAAUUAUUUUGAUACAGGAUAGGCUUCGUAGUUUGAGGGUACUUCUAAUUCUUGAUGAUGUGGAUCAAUCAGACCAAUUAGAAAAGCUAAUUGGAAAAGAUGAUUGUGGCAUCGAAGAACUAAAGGACAAGUGUCUCAUAACUCAGUCUCACUAUGGAUUAUUGGAGAUGCAUGACUUGCUGCAAGAAAUGGGAAGAGAAAUUGUUCGACAAGAAUCACCCAAAGAACCUGGUCAGCGUAGUAGAUUGUGGUUUCAUGAAGAUGUUCGACAUGUCCUAGAAGAAAAUACUGGAACAAACGAAGUUGAGGGCAUAUUGGUAAAUUUGCCUAAUCGAGACCCGAUACACUUGAGUCUCAAAGCUUUCAAAAAGAUGAAGAGUCUCAAAAUGUUUAUAAACAAUAAUGCAUGCUUUUCUGGAGAGCCUAAUUUUCUUUCUAAUGAGUUAAGAGUGUUUGAUUGGCUUACAUAUCCUGGAGAAUAUUUUCCAUCCAAUUUUUGUGGAAAGAAACUUGCUAUUCUAAGAAUGCCAUUUAGUCGUCUCAAGGAAUUGAAGGGAGUCCAGAAUUCCCAAAACCUGACCAUUUUGGAUUUUAAUGGUUGUGAAUUCCUAAAAGAAAUCCAUGAUGUUUCAAGGAUUCCAAAUUUACAGAAAUUAGAUCUUGCUUGUUGCGGAAAUUUAGUUAAGAUUGAUCAUUCUGUGGGAUUCCUUGAUAAGCUUGUUUGUUUGAAUCUUUUUUGUUGCUCUAAUCUUAUGGAUUUCCCAAGAAGCCUCAAGUUGAGAUCUCUCAAAUCACUUUGCCUUUGGGGUUGCUUAAGUCUUAAGAACUUUUCUAAAAUAGAGUGUCAAAUGGAAUAUUUAGAGAAAAUCAACUUUACAUAUAUGGGUGCAGAGGAAUUGCCUUCAUCUAUUGGGUGCCUCGUUGGGCUUAAAGAAUUAUAUCUAGGUGGCUGCACAAACCUAAUGGAUCUUUCAGAUGAAAUUUAUCAAUUGCAACAUUUAGAGUGUCUUUCUCUCCGAGGUUGUUCAAAAGUCGUUGAGUUUCUAAAGAAGGUGGAGGAUAAUGGACAAUCCAUGCCCUCUAUUGUAUAUACAAAGGAAUCUGAAAUUUCAUCAGAGGACGAAUUACACCAAUUGUCAUCUCCGACGAAAACAAGCGAUUCUGAUGAUGGUUGUUCCUGGAUAACAUUUUCGAAACUUCCAGAGUUGGAACAUAGUAAUUAUGCUCCAUUAGGAUCAAAUUUCUUGAAGACAUUUGCUUGCUGCUCUACGUUGACCAUUUUAAAUCUAUCUGCGAGUGAUAUUGUUGCCCUUCCUUCAUGCAUCAGAAAAUUUGUUGGAUUGAAGAAGCUUUGCAUGGAAGAUUGCAAGCAACUUCAACAAAUUCAAUUUCUUCCACCAAAUGUAGAAGAAGUGCAUGCUAAGGGGUGCUUGUCACUGAAAAUGUUUUUGGAAGAACCUAUAAAAUCUCAAUGUUUUAAUAUACCACCCGAACUUGUGGGGGAUGCGGCAUUGCAAUUAUUGAGUCUUCGAAAUAGUGUUGAAACAGAAUUAUAUUACCCUAUCAGUUUGAGAGUUCUAGAUCUAUCAAGUAGUCCUAUUGUUACCCUUCCUUCAUGCAUCAGAAAAUUUGUUAGAUUGAAGAAACUUUACAUGGAAGAUUGCAAGCAACUUCAACAAAUUCAAUUUCUUCCACCAAAUGUAGAAGAAGUGCAUGCUAAGGGGUGCUUGUCAUUGGAAAUAUUUUUUGAAGAACCUACAAAAUCUCAAUGUUUUAAUAUACCACCCGAACUUGUGGGGGAUGGAACGGUGUUUGCGGCAUUGCAAUUAUUGAGUCUUCGAAAUAGUGUUGAAACAGAAUCAUAUUACCCUAUCAGUUUGAGAGUUCUAGAUCUAUCAAAAGAACCUACAAAAUCUCAAUAUUUGAGUUUGAGUGUUCUAGAUCUAUCAAGUAGUCCAAUUGUUACCCUUCCUUCAUGCCUCAGAAAAUGUGUUGGAUUGUGUAAGCUGUACUUGGACGAUUGCAAGCAACUUCGAGAUAUUCGAGGUCUUCCACCGAAUGUAUGGCAGGUACAUGCUCGUGCAGAUAUUCGAGGUCUUCCACUGUAUGUAUGGCAGGUUGAUUUUCUAACAGAGAUGACAAGCCUCUGGUGGGAAUCCGAGUGUCUUUCCGUGGAGCUGCGCACAGGACCCCUGUUGAGACCUCACAAGCAGGCGCAUCGGAGCAGGAUUUUGAAGACCCGAGUGUCUUUGCAUGGACAGCCGGCAGUUGAAGGAGGGGCUGCUGGGGCCAAUGGGGUAAGCCCAACAGAUGACCUUGCUCCACCUCACGAUCGAAUGCGCGGAUGCCUUUUGUAA